AUGCCGUCUAUGCUAUCGACGGCCAUUCACAACACCUUCAUCAAGGCUGGAGCGAACCUGACUGCGCAACUGGUGGUGCAAUGGAGCUCCAAGGAUCCGCAGCCGCUGGACCGCCAGCGCAUCCUUGAGUUUGCCAUCUUUGGCUUCAUUGGCGCCCACAUUGGCUACAUCUGGCACCUCCUCUUGGAGCGACAGUUUCCUACGCACAUUAUUCCGCGCGUCGGACCGCCGCUGCCCGUCAUUGCGCCCGGCGAAAAGGACAAGGACGUGGCCAUACCACUACCACUGCCCCCGAGCUCGGCGGUUGCGGACCCGAUCGGGGGAGGUCCGGCGUCGUCGUCUGGAGGCUCUGCGACCAAGGUCAGCUGGAGGAAUGUCGUCGCCAAGCUCGUCGCGGACCAGACGGUCGGUCUGUGCGUCAUGAUCUCCGUCUUUCUCAUCAUUACCAACGUGGCGCGCGUGCCGCACUUUGCCGACGUCUUCAUCGUGGUCGAGACUAAGCUCUGGAGGCUGCUGCGGGCGGGCUGGAAUCUGUGGCCCAUUGUGGCCAUGUGCAAUUUUCUCUGGGUCCCCGUACGGUGGCGUGUCAUUGUCUCCUCGUGCGUGGGCUUUCUAUGGAACAUCUUUUUGAGUCUGGUCUCCAUGGGUCCGGCCGCAGGUGCGCAGCCAGGUCAUUAG